CAAGGUCUAGCUGCAGGAGGACCGCUGCAUACCCAGCCAUGAUAAGCCGAGGAGAACCGCGGAUGUGAGGUGUAUAAAGCUCCAGAUUUUUUUCAGACACCACCGUCAAGAAAAAAAGUCCAGUCCACUCCCAAUUUUAUCGCUCACAUCAUGUCCUUCCAAACCCUCGCACUCGCCGCCGUCGCGGUGGUAUAUUUUCUGAUCCGCUAUCUCAAUCGCACCGACGUUCCCAAGAUCAAGGGGAUACCUGAAAUCCCUGGGGUGCCUAUAUUUGGGAACCUGUUGCAAUUAGGCGACCAGCAUGCUACUGUGACGAAGAAGUGGGCGAAGAAAUAUGGCCCCGUCUUCCAGGUCCGGAUGGGCAAUCGGCGCAUUGUCUUUGCCAACAGCUUCGAGUCCGUCCGCCAACUGUGGAUCAAAGACCAGUCGGCCCUGAUCUCGCGUCCCACCUUCCACACCUUCCACAGCGUCGUGUCCAGCUCCCAGGGCUUCACGAUCGGCACCUCGCCCUGGGACGAGUCCUGCAAGCGCCGACGCAAGGCGGCCGCCACCGCGCUGAACCGCCCAGCCGUGCAGUCGUACAUGCCAAUCAUCGACCUCGAGGCCACCGCCAGCAUCCGCGAGCUGUUCCAGGACAGCGACAGCGGCACCAAGGACAUCAACCCGGUCGCGUAUUUCCAGCGGUUCGCGCUCAACACCAGUCUGACGCUGAACUACGGCUUCCGUAUCAGCGGCAACGUCGACGACGAGCUGCUGCACGAGAUCUGCGACGUCGAGCGCGGCGUCUCCAACUUUCGGAGUACCAGCAACAAUUGGCAGGACUACAUCCCCCUCAUGCGUCUGUUCCCCAAGGCGAACACCGAGGCCGAGUCGUUCCGCGUGCGCCGCGAUAAGUAUUUGACAUAUCUGUUGGAUAUUCUCAAGGACCAGAUUGCCAAGGGCACGGAUAAGCCGUGCAUCACGGGGAACAUUCUCAAGGAUCCCGAGGCGAAGUUGAAUGAGGCGGAGGUCAAGUCCAUCUGUCUCACUAUGGUCUCCGCCGGAUUGGACACGGUUCCCGGUAACGUCAUCAUGGGCAUCGCCUAUCUCGCCUCGGAAGACGGCCAGCGCGUUCAGCAGAAGGCCUACGAGGAGAUCAUGAAGGUGUACCCGGACGGUGACGCCUGGGAGAAGUGCCUUGUGGAAGAGAAGGUCCCCUACGUGACCGCCCUGGUGAAAGAGACCCUCCGGUUCUGGACCGUGAUCCCCAUCUGUCUGCCGCGCGAAAGCACCAAGGAUAUUGUCUACAACGGCGCGACCAUCCCCGCUGGAACCACCUUCUUCAUGAACGCAUACGCCGCAGACUACGACGAAGAGCACUUCGACAAGCCCGAGCAAUUCCUGCCGGAGCGGUAUUUGGAGGUGGGCGAGGGCACGGGCACUCCCCACUACGGCUACGGGGCUGGCUCGCGCAUGUGCGCCGGCUCGCAUCUGGCCAACCGCGAGCUGUACACCGCCUACAUUCGCUUGAUCACCGCCUUCACCAUGCACCCGGCCAAGAACCCCGACGACCGCCCGAUCAUGGAUGCCAUUCACUGCAAUGCCAUCCCCACGGCGUUGACAACGGAACCCAAGCCGUUCAAGGUGGGAUUCCGACCGAGGAAUCCGGAGAAGUUGAAGCAGUGGAUCCGGGAGAGUGGUGAGCGCACUAAGCAUUUGUGA